AUGAUCCCGACACCCAUCCUCUACCGUAGCCCUGCCAUUCAGUACAUCGGCUGGGGCGAUCGCAAGCAACCGCUGUACACCACCGACUGGAGCACCUACCCCGUCCUGCCGCCAAGCAACAUGAUCAUGCAACUAGUCAUUGAGAUGAACGACGCAACAACGGGCUUCAGUGUCCUGCCUGAUGGUGGCUUCGUGCAGAUGAUGCGUAUGCACCAAUACGACUCGGUGUCCUUCAUCAUCAUGAACCAUGAGUGGGGAGAGAAGUUCGAGCCGGUGCUCAAGGCGAACCUGCGCGGGGCGUGGGUAUUCUUCGAGAUACGCAGGGUACGAGAGGAUGGCUCUGAGAGCGCCUGGAUGGAGGACAGAAGCGAGGGCCCGGCAGCUGAGCCGCGGUGCUACUCGUUCGUCGCGCGACGCGCUGACAAGAUCGACGAGGACUUCCUGAAGCACCUCCGGGGGAUCGAUGCUCCUGGACCGCACAUACUGCACAUAAGGACCCCCGAGGCGCCCUCGCGGUUCUUCAUGCACAAGGACCGAUACAUCGCGAAGAUCGCACAGGCGCUGAGGCUUUCGCAGGGCCUGCAGAAGUGCGUCCUCACACUCGACUUCUCGAUGCAGACCGACCAGCUGCUGAGGUGCCUCCCGCCAAGCUGCGAGGAGCUGGAGCUUCUAGCGCCGACGUCGUUUCAGCUGACGAAGCUUGCGCAUACGGCCAUCAACGAGAUUGUGCACAAGCUUGCUCUGGGGCUGGCUGGGGCAAGGCAUCUUAAGGCUUUGACGCUGCCGGUGUUGUUUGCUACUGGGAUUGUGCUGGACCACUUGAACGACUUUCCACGAUUACAGGUGUUGCGGAUAAAGCCUAUGGCGGGACUGAAGGAGGAGGAUACGAUAACACGGUUUCUGAGGGAAAUGAGGACGUUGAAGAGGGAUGGAAUGUUGAAGAGGCUAAGAGGGCUAAAUGUGUGGACGACUCCAGAGGAAGGGUUCAAUGAGGAGGCCAUCCUAGAGCUGAGGAGGAUGUUUCCAUCUACAAUUAUUUAUCGGCCAAUCGCAUACUAG